CUCCGAGCCCAACAAUCCGAACACGAGCUCUUCGCACAAGCCUUUUUGACAGCCCUAACCAUCACUUUAGGGCUCCACUCUGAUCUCGUCUCUUUCCGUUCCAUCCAUGGAGUUCGUGGCUGCAAGGGCCUCCCACGCCGUGUAUUACCCUUCUAUUCGGCCUCAAUGCCGUACUCCUCCAACGAGCCUCGCCACCGUACCUUCGGGCUUCUGGUGUCGUCAUCAUCGUCGUCAGAGAACUCUUCUUCCUACACUGUGUAUUGCCCAGAGCCUCGAUCCGCAUAGCGCUGAUGGUCCGGUGGACGUGAUAGGGAUUGGAAGCAGAAAGGACUCAAUCAUUGAUUUCUUUCUAGCUUCUCCGGCUGUCUCUGCUUCUCGCUUUAGAUUCUGGACUAUUUAUUCGCGAGAUCAAAAGCAGAUACAACUACUGGAAAGAUGCCAUAAUGAAGAUGUGGUUAUUAGAAAUGUUGAAUUUCCUGCAGCACCGCAUUUAUGCUUGCCAGCAACCAUUCUUGUGGCCAGUGCCGGACAUGAUUUGGAUCAAAUUGCAGCAGUCGAUCUUCUAUAUGGUGUCAAAGCGGUGGGUGGAUUGGCCAUUGCAAUUGUACUGAAGCCAUUUAGUUUUGAGGGACAAACAAGACAAAAAGAGAUAAAUGACUUGGUGAAUAAGCUAAAAUUAUGUUCGAACUUCUAUGUUGUAGUAGAAGCAGAUUCUUUGCUUAAAGCUGAAAUUGGGACUCUUGCGGAGGCCUUAGAAAGUGCUAAUAAUACUGUCUUCAUAGCUUUGAACACCAUCUCAAGUAUGAUUUCUAAAACGCAUGCAAGUAUUUUAUAUACAUCUGAUGGUAAAGUCGAGGAUAUCAAGCCAUCAGAAGUUAUAAAGGUUUUGGAAGGCUAUGGAGAAAUGAAAAUUUUUCAUGGAACAGGUUACAGUGUUAAUUCAGCCAUUAUGCAGGCUAUCUUCCACUGUCCUUUUUUUGAUAAUGCUCUAAAGGAUUUAAACGGGUUGGCUAUCAUUGUUCUUACAAGUGCGUGCAAUGUUGGUGAGAGCGACAUUCCACAAAUAAUUUCUAGCUUUCGUUGGAUCACAAGCUCUACUGGAGAUAUUAUAUAUUCAAAAGUGCGUGAACCAAAUCUAGAGCCAAAACUUGUUGUAGUAGCGCUAUUGAUUUUGGGAAGUCACAAAGAGAAAAUUGUUACUCAUGAUAAAGGUUUCUUACACGGUAUCCUCCAGAACCUUCCAUUCUUCUUCCGAUGUUUUAGAGUAGAUUCUACGAAAACAAGAGGCACUCCUUCAAAUGGUUCUUUAGGCAAUACAUUCCUCCCUCCCGCCGGUAGGAGUAAAUCAGUUUUGGAUCCGACUACAGUGCCCUCUUCAUCAGAACUCGUUCCAAAUCAGGAUGCAUUUUGUGAUUUACUUGAAAAUGCGACGUUAAGAAACGUGUUGUCUCUUGAAACUACAGGAGAGGUUGCUGAACCAGCGGAAACUAACUACAUGCCUUUAUGCAAAUGUGGUGACCAAACUAUUGGAGAAGAACUUGGUAUGGCGGUGGCAAAGCAUGGUAGCCAUGAGAUCGGUCCUGCCUUCUACAUUGCUCAGCUGUGGGCCAAGAAAUGUUCUGCAACUAGUUCAAAUAGGAAUGAUAAUGUGGGCAUUUUUAGUCUUCCAGUUGGGGUAAAAUCUUCAAAAUUAUCCCCAGACUCUACCCCUUAUUCUAAUGACAUGCUAGCAGAACAUUCAGAAUACAUUAAUCAGGAAAUACCAGGUGGGAUUUCGGCUGAUAUGUCCAAAAAAGAAGGCUUGCUUUCUGUUCGUGCCGCUAUGAUGCUGGAAGCAGAAAGGGAAUCGAUGAAAAGUUGGAAUCCUGUUGUGGAAAUCCAAUAUAGAGGAGGAAUUUACAGGGGAAGAUGUCAAAGUGGUCUUCCUGUUGGGAAGGGUCGGCUAACCUCAAUGGAUGGAAGCUUUUAUGAUGGCUUUUGGAAGAGUGGAAAGAGGUCAGGACUUGGUACUUACUGCUAUAGUAAUGGAGACCUUUUUCGGGGGUCAUGGAGAGAUGAUCUUAUGCAUGGAAAGGGUUGGUUCUAUUUUCAUACUGGUGAUAGGUUGUUUGCAAACUUUUGGAGAGGCAAGGCAAAUGGAGAGGGGAGAUUUUUUUCAAAGAAUGGAAGCGUCUUUUUUGGUUUUUUUCGUGAUGGCUGGCGUCAUGGCCAAAGUAUGUGCAUUGAGGCCAAUGGAGCAAGGUGGACAGAGCAUUGGGAUGAUGGCGUGCUGGUUAGCAGAACUCUAAUUGACAAGGAAGAUUGAUCCUCGUUUAGUUCUUCCCCAGUUUUUUGCUCGGACAGCCGUUCUCGAUUCAGUCAAACUCGUGUAUUGUCGUUCCCUUGCCAUUCCACAACCACUUCUCCGUUAAAUUUCAUUCGUGAGCACCAUCCCAGAGUCCUAGAAGUGUGAGCUUAAUAACAAUUUUUUACCUGCCUUUUAUAGUUUUGUUGUACUAGACUUCAGUAAAUAACAAUCUGAUCUUUACAACCAAAUGUUUUUUAUUUUAUUUUUUUAGAGGUUUUUCUCAAUAAAAUGGAAAAUAUAUCGCUGUG